AUGAAUACUGACAUAACGGCGUCGGCAAAGCCCGAGUACCCGGUGAUUGAUCGGAACCCUCCCUUCACGAAGACGGUGGCGAAUUUCAACACACUCGACUACCUCCGCCUCUCCACCAUUACCGGCGUCUCCGUCGUCGUCGGAUAUCUCUCUGGGAUUAAGCCUGGGAUUAAGGGGCCGUCGAUGGUGACUGGUGGCCUGAUUGGUGUGAUGGGAGGUUUUAUGUACGCUUACCAGAAAUCUGCCGGCAGGCUCAUGGGUUUUUUCCCAAAUGAAGGUGAGGUUGCUAAGUACAAGAAAUGA